AAGCACAGUUUGUUAACAGUCCUAGUCGCGAUUCUAGGAGGUUAAAACAGUAACAGUGCUAGCAGUUUUUUAUUUAGAGAAUCGCGUUAAAAUAUAAAUAAAUAAAAUAAUAAAAAUUUUCGUGAUAUAUUCGUAAUUUAACGUCCUUAACUCUAUUGUGAUUUUUAAAAUGAAACCAUUUUUCAUUUUAGCUGCGCUGCUUGUUGCAACGUGUUCAGCCUAUCCAUACGGUGCUGUCUCCACACAAUUUCAACAUUUGGACCCACAUAGUCAUACAUAUUCUUAUGGUUAUUCCGAUCCAAAUUCGCAAAAACAUGAAUCUCGAUCACAUGAUGGGGUCACACGUGGCUCCUAUUCCUAUGUAGAUGGUCAUGGUCACCUUCAAUCACUAUCAUAUACAGCUGAUCCACACACUGGAUUUAAGGCAGUUGGCACAAAUCUACCAGAGGCUCCAUCACCUAUUGCUGUUGCUCAUCAAGCGGCAGCUCAUGCCUAUGUGCCAUACUCUCAUGCUUCAAUUGGUCAUCCCGUAGUUUUAACUCACGGUGGCGUACCAGUGGAUACACCAGAAGUUCAACAUGCUAAAGCUGAACACGCUGCAGCCCAUGCUGCAGCAGCUGCCGCUGCACAUUAUCCCGGUCAUCAUCUAUACAAACGUUCUUUAUAUGGUGGCAAUUGGGCUUAUGCUCAUCAAUCUCUCGGACACGUACCUCUUACACACGGUGGUGUUCCCAUCGAUACACCUGAUGUACAAGCUGCAAAAGCCGAACAUUAUGCCGCACACGCUAAAGCUUUGGGUGCUUAUUCUCAUGCUUCACAUUCCACUCAUUCGAUUGCUCCUGCUGUGCAUGCUCAUGGUUAUCAUAUUCCUGUUAUACAUAAUGGUGUACCAGUUGAAACUCCAGAAGUACAACAUGCCAAGGCCUCUCAUUAUACAGCACUAGCUGAAGCUUCAGCAAGAGCUGGACCAAGCGGUCAUGACGAUGGGCACUAUGACGGACGAUGGGAUGGUGGUCAUUAUGAUGGUGGCAAUUAUGGUGGUGGUCAUUACGACGGUGGCAAUUAUGGUGGUGGCCAUUAUGACGGUGGCCAUAAAGGACCAAUACAUAUUCCAGUUAUUCAUAAUGGUGUACCAGUUGAACCUGCAGAAGUCCAACAUGCUCGUGCAGCUCACUUAAGUGCCUUGGCUGCAGCUAGCCAUGGUGCGGGUCAUCAUUAUUAAGUAAACUCGAUCGAUAACAAAUACAAACAGCUUUAUGUGGACAAGUAGUGAGCUACAUCUAAGUUUCAAUAUGAAUUCUAUUAAUACACCAUUCGCCAUUUUAACAUAUAACUAUUUUAAACACUGUCAAUUUAUACUUAAAAUACUAUUGUGAUACAUAUUUUAUAUGCUCUUAUUUCUCCCUUGACUUAAUCAUACUUUUUGAUUCAUCCAAUUUGAAGUGAUCUAUUUCUUCAAUCAACUUUUUCUGUCUUUAUUCUAUAUCCAUUUAAUGCUCUUUGAUAUCUGUUAUCUAAUUCGUCUGUUAUUGAAUCUAUAAACUAAGUACUUCUUAACUAUUUGAGUUUCAUUUUCCUCACUGCUGAACCAUCACAUGGACCAACAAUUAACGAUAGCGAACCGAAGACUCUCCCUAAUUACGAAUGCUUGAAUAUGAUAUUAAAUACGAAAUGAUACUGUAAUAAAAUAAAUAUACAAUCAAAGAAUUUGAACACAAAUAA